AUGAAGGCGUUACUUUGUCACAAGAAGGCUUUGAUUGAAUGUUGGGUACAGAAAACAAUUAUAGCGCCAGACGUCGCCUUCACACCAAAACUAACAGAUCGCGACAGAAAAAAUGGACCUUUCGAAGACAUCCUUGGAAUUUGUUCAUUUGGUUACCCAGAAAACAAUACUAAAUGCCAUUACAAACAUGGAUGGAAAAGCAUGAGUGUUCGUGAGAUAUCCAUCUUGGAUGUUAAUAUGAAUGAUAUUGUUGAUUAG